AAUGGUUGUAUUCAUCAAAAACAAUUUCUUAUUGGUUCUCAUACUAAUUUUACAUUCUUUUGUUGUGUCAUCGUAUGCAAGAUUUAGUACGAAGGUUACGGAAAGUGAAAUCAGCAAUAUCUGCUCACAUAAAGGAACCAAUGCAUCAUUUUGCGUUGAGUUCCUAAGAUCAUCCACUGAAGUUGCAACAUUGGAUCAUUCUAGCCUCACCAAUUUUUUGAUCAAUUAUAAUUUUCAAAAAACCUCAGUUAUGCUGACGCAAUUCCAAUCACUCAUAAACAGCACAAGCGAUCGCAGUUCUAAGGGUUCCUAUGAGGCCUGUUCAGAAAUUUUUGACCUUGCUAUUGGUCGUUUUGAUUCGGCUCUCAAAUAUUUGUCAACCAAGGACUAUAACAAUGACUUCUUAAUGAACGAUGUUAGUAGUACAAUUACAAUGGCUAAGGAUUGUGGAUGGGAGCUGUCAAGCGUCGUCAAGCUUAAUCCACAGGUUUCGAAAGCGGUUUCUAUUGUCGAGAAUGUAUCUUCUAUUGUUCUUGUCCUUUUGGAAUGUUUUCUAAGAACAGACAAAACGUUGUGUUAUUAAUCAAUACCCAAAUCUAUAAUAAAAUAAUAAUAAUAAUGUUGUUUGGUA